AAUAUUAUCAGAUGUCUUUAUAGAAGCAACAAUUAUAAUAAUAGUAAUGAUGAUAAUGAUAAUAAUAAUAAUAAAUUUGAAAGGAAAAUAAACAUUUUGGAAGCCAUUUUGUAUUAAAAUGUUUCUGUCUGUUAAAUGCUUUAGCUCUGAUGGUGUAUUUUUCUGGACAGGAAAGGCAGAUUGUCCUUAUUAUGCCAAAGCUGAGCUUCUAGCAGAUUUACUGCAAAGCAUCCUUCCUGAUUUCCACAUUCACAAGCUCUGCAUGCUGCCUGAUGCCUGGGAGAGCUGGCUUCAGGACACAUGCUCACGCAACGGCUGGAAGCACGAGAGCAGCCCCAUGGUGUGGAGGGAGCUGACUGACCGUGGAGGAAAGGGCGUGCUUCUCGGGGGGUUCAGUGAUUUUCUUGAAUAUGUGCAGGGCUACUAUGGUAUCACGUCAGACAUGGGCACAGAGCUGAUGCUGAACAUCGCAGCAGAAAAUCUUCAGGCAGCGCAACUACACCUUCAGGAUGAAGAGCGACGAAGCAAACUCCACCAAUCCUUCCACAUCUGGAUCAGCAGUGCUCUAAACCCUAUCUGCUACCACCUCGUCCCGUUACUCUUCACGUCCGGCGUAUUCGCCGCCGUCCCCACCGUCAGCCUCCACCUUCUGGACGUAGACGCCAGUGAAGACUCUCUAUCGGCUCUUAAAAUGGACGUGGAGGACAUGGCUCUGCCGCGGCUCCGCAGAGUCACCGCCCACUCCGACCCGCGUCAGGCGUUCCAGUCAGCCGAUCUGAUCAUUUUCCUGGACGAUCAGGGAGCGAAUGAGGACGCGGAGCAGCGGCUGAGCCAAGUGGUGCAAAGAUUCACUCACUACGGAUGUCUGAUCGAGGACGACGCGCAUAAAGAGCUGCGAGUGCUGGUGGCAGGAGACGUCUACGUCAACCUGAAGUGCGGUCUCCUGAUCGAGAACGCGCCCUCCGUGGAUCCACGUCGCUUUGUGGUGAUCGCAGCACAGCUGGAAGGAGAAGCGAGGACUCAGCUUGCAAUCCAGCUGUCUGUGAAAAGCCAAGAUAUCACUGAUGUCAUCGUUUGGGGAAACAUCAGUGGUCAUUUCCACAUCGACCUACAGCGAGCUAAGGUUUACAGCUAUAAAGGUGCCAUCUGGGGACCUGCAGGAUUCUCUCAGAGCGUCUUGGAGAUGGUUUAUGAUAGGAAAUGGCUGAAGAACGACUUUCCAAGCUUGGUUGGCUCGCGUCGAAGCGCCAUUUCUCAAAUGACUAACAGACCUGCAGCUAUUUCAGCAACCAGAGGAAUCGUUACAGCUCUGAACGCGUGGAUCAACGAUUCCUCUCCUCAGGAGAUCUUCUCAGUGGGUGUAGUCAGUACGGGGCACUUCGGUGUUCCUGCCGGUCUCGUGUUUUGCGUUCCCGUGACCUUCCAGGAGGGCGAGUGGUCGGUGUGUUCAGACGUCAUCAUCCCCGAAGAGCUGCGGAGGAAACUGGAGGCUGCCGUUAAUGAGAUCACAGAGGUGAAGAAGCGAAAAAACAAACAAACAAAAAAAAAAACAACACAAAGUUCACUGGUUAUAUUAAUAAUUCAUAUGUUUAGCACUUCAUCGUGUGUAUUCUGUGUACAUUUUAUUGCUUGCAGGAAAAGACCAUGGCAGAUGGAAUAAGGAUGAAAAGUUCUGUUGCCUGAAAUCAUAUUUCAUUUCUUAUUAAAAUUAAUAAAUCUCUUGAAGGAGCGUCGCAGUAAAAUGGACGAUUAUUUAUUAUCGAAAAUAAAUGCCUGCUUCACUGUGAAAGAUUUCUUUAUUUAUCUAAAAGCCAUUUACU